UCCUCUCCUAUCCUAUGUCUGAGCCCUUCAUUUACUAUAGAGAGAGAGAAGGCAGUAGACAAUUCUAGAUAUAUCUUCUUCUGUUUGUGUGAUUAUAUAUUUUUCUUUUUAGAGAGAGAGAGAGAGUGGUGUAGCCAUGUUGGGGGUAUUUAGCAGCUCAAUUGUGUCGCCGCCGGAAGAGCUGGUGGCGGCUGGAAGCAGGACGCCGUCGCCGAAGAUAAAGGCGACGGCGCUGGUGAAGCGGUUUCUGGACAGUAAUCAAUCGGCAGUGUCCAUUCAGAUCGGAGACGAUGUUCAGCUUGCCUACACUCAUCACAACCAGUCUCCUUUACAGCCCAGAUCAUUUGCAGUGAAGGAUGAGAUAUUCUGCUUGUUUGAGGGAGCGCUUGACAACUUGGGGAGUUUGAAGCAGCAAUAUGGGCUAGCCAAGUCUGCAAAUGAGGUGGUUCUGGUCAUUGAGGCUUACAAGGCGCUUCGUGACAGAGCACCUUAUCCACCAAACCAUGUCGUAGGCCACCUUGAGGGGAGCUUUGCCUUCAUUGUCUAUGACAAGUCUACCUCCACCUUGUUUAUGGCUACAGAUCAACAUGGUAAGGUUCCUCUGUAUUGGGGAAUCACUGCCGAUGGAUAUGUGGCUUUUGCCAAUGACGCUGAUUUGCUUAAAGGUGCUUGUGGCAAGUCCCUUGCUUCUUUCCCUCAAGGAUGUUUCUACUCAACCGCAGUUGGAGGACUGAGAAGCUAUGAGAAUCCUAAAAACAAGAUCACUGCUGUUCCUGCUACUGAGGAAGAAAUUUGGGGUGCCAAAUUCAUGGUGGAAGGGCCAACAGUUUUUGCAGCCACAAAGUAGUAAGUAAGAAGAACACCUCUCUACACAAACUCUUCCUCAGCCAUCUCUUUAUGGGGGGCAAAGAGGGGAUUUCACAUGGUUGAGAAUGGAAGCUAGGGAAUGAGUUGGGAGCCAUGUAAAAAAGUGAAUGAGAGUCCGGUUGGUAAAUGUUGGUGGAAUGAACACAAGUGGGAACAGUAGGCUUGUGUUGUGUAGUGGUGGGGUACCUUAUGCUAUGUAGCUCUAGAGGUUGUUUUGUUUGCCUUGUUGUGUAAUUUGCCCUUUGUUCAAAGUUCUUUCUGUUUGCUUCAAUCAAUCAUUGUACAGCUGCUUUCUCUUUUAAUCUAAUAUAGUUUGGAACAUAGUUUGAAAUCA